AAAGAGGCAGGAACAAACAGCAGCAGCAGGGCCGUCACACACAGGCUGUCUUAACUCAACAGCGGUACAGUACGGCGAGUCUGCAGUGGAGGGAAGUACAGCAAGCAGUCCAUCACCCUGAACCGCAUUCAUUUAUCUGCUGGAGAUCCUCUGCUUGAAGGAGGAGAAGGCUCUCUGUGAGGACUACAGCAACCUCUCAGGGAAAUAUUUCUCCAGGAACAACGAGAAGAACACCAUUUCUGCGUGGUUCAUCAGGGAAGCCCACUGGAGGAGGAAGUCACAGCUGGUCAAGAUCAUCCAUCCAUUAAUUUCACAUCGGCGUGUUCAACUGUCUGCCUGCCCUUUGUUAUGAAGCGAACAAGAGACCUGGUGUUUGUUCGCCGCAGCUGCUGGCCUCUCAUGGAUUGUUCUGGAAACAGGCUACAGGAGCGUCCAGCUGGGCUGUGUGGGGUCAGAAGCUCUCCUGAUGAUUGCUCAACCUAAUAAUAAAGAGUUGCUGCCCUGAUUGCUGUUGGUCCACCAUUGUUUAUCUUUAAGCAAGAUGUCAAUUGCAACGGAAACCAGCAUGGAAAGGUCUCAUAGUAUGAGUCGAGAGAAAACGUACAAGAAGACCACGUCAUCUGCCUUGAAGGGAGCCAUUCAGCUCGGUAUCGGCUACACAGUGGGAAACCUCACCUCCAAGCCUGACAGAGAUGUUCUCAUGCAGGACUUCUAUGUGGUGGAAAGCGUCUUUCUCCCCAGUGAGGGAAGCAACUUGACUCCUGCUCAUCACUAUCCAGAUUUCCGCUUCAAGACGUAUGCCCCACUGGCUUUCCGCUACUUCAGAGAUCUGUUUGGCAUCAAACCCGACGACUAUCUGUACUCACUCGUAAAUGAGCCUCUGAUUGAGCUGGCCAACCCAGGCGCCAGCGGCUCGCUCUUCUACCUGACCAGCGAUGAUGAGUUCAUCAUUAAAACGGUCCAGCACAAAGAGGCCAAGUUCCUGCAGAGGCUGCUACCUGGAUACUACAUGAACCUGAACCAGAAUCCCCGCACGUUGCUGCCCAAGUUUUACGGCUUGUACUGCAUUCAGACCGGGGGUUUCAACAUCCGACUGGUUGUGAUGAACAACGUGCUUCCCCGCUCUGUCAAGAUGCACUACAAAUAUGACCUGAAGGGAUCCACCUACAAGAGGCGAGCGUCCAGGAAAGAGAGGGAGAAAGGCCGUCCAACGUACAAGGAUCUGGACUUUCAGGACAUGCAUGAGGAGGGGCUUUACUUUGAUACCGAGACAUACAACAAUUUGAUGAAGACCCUGCAGAGAGACUGUCGGGUUCUGGAAAGUUUUAAGAUCAUGGACUAUAGUCUGUUGCUGGGUGUGCACGUCCUGGACCACAGGGAGGUGGGGGACCCAGGCCAGACGGGGGGAGACAACAGGAGAAACAUAGGUCAGAGGGUGCUUUACUCCACGGCCAUGGAGUCCAUCCAAGGAGACGGCAAGGCUGCCGAAGCGGUCACCACUGACGACACGAUGGGCGGCAUCCCAGCCAAAACAUACAAAGACGAAAAACUGCUCAUCUUCCUGGGUAUUAUAGAUAUUCUGCAGUCAUACAGAUUCAUUAAAAAGUUGGAACAUUCAUGGAAAGCGCUGGUGUACGAUGGUGACUCUGUUUCCGUCCACCGGCCCGGGUUUUACGCCAGCCGCUUCCUCAAGUUCAUGAGCACACGGGUCUUCAGGAAGAAUCAGCCAAUUCGAUUCUCCCCCUCAAAAAGGACUCGCACCAGCAUCCCUGCUCUGAAGUCGUCCUCCCAGGAGAUCCUUUCAUCGCAGGCAGAUGAGAGGCACGAGGAGGAGAGGAGGGACAGGCUUGGAGGGGCAUGGAGCCUGGCCAGUCUGGAUGGACAAGCAGUGUUUGGUUCAUUUCUGCAUCCUGAUCUGGUCCCUGCCAACACGUCCUUCCACGUCCUUUCCACCUCCUCCAUCUAUGUAAAUGUGGAGAACCAAACAGAAGAUAGGGAUGACGUUGCAUCCAGCUCUACAUUCACGCUGGAAGACAGCGCCAUCUGCCUCACGUCAGAGCAGAGCACCGUAGAUGUGGACAUAGACAGAGACGAUGGAUCUGUUCUUGAUGUGUACUUGUAAAAGUUUUACAUCCUUCAUUUCCUCCUGCCACGCAUAAGACAAUCUCCACACUCCAUUGGAUGCACCAGGCUGAGAGUUGGUCUCCACGUGUUCUGCUAAAUCCACGAUGCCAUUUGUUGUUUGCCAAUUCCAAAGGACAACCCCUGAACGUCUCUCUGGUUGACGGACCUCUACAAAGUUGGAACAGUACCAAUUUGACAUAUUUUAUAAUGUGCUGAACUUCAGAUAGUGUUGCCUUUCUACAGCAAGUAUCAAAGCAGUGCUAUUAGGUUUUAUUUGUGUAAACCUUUUUCAUUGUGCACACUAAGAUUGCAUAUAUAUAUAUAUAUAUAUAUAUAUAUAUAUAUAUAUAUAUAUAUAUAUAUAUAUAUAUGGGAAUACUAGCUUAACGUCAUCCAUUUCUUUUCUGGUGGCCAGAAAGACUUUUAAAUCUUUGCUACAGCAUUAGCUGCUGCUGAGACGUGUUUACAGUGAAUUUAUGGUAGCAUCUAAGGACUCUUUGAAGGACCGACUGACUUGAACAGACUUCAUUAUGAAGCUCCUGAGGCCAAACACAGGCUGCAACGUGGCCAAAUGUUCCUAACAAGGCAGCCAUUUGUGCUGCCUGAGAGGAACCUGAUGUUCAGAGUGAGAAAAGACAGUUAGUGUAUCCUGGACGAUGCACUCGCUCUGGGUAAAAAGGCACUUUGGUUUUGAUUACUGUAAGAAAUAUGUUCUUUUCUCUGAGGACAUUGCUUUGAUGGGUGGUCAACAAGAGUUGGACGUGUGAAAAUGCACUUUUUUUCCUUCUUUCCUCUACAAAUGCACACCUCUGUUUUAUCGUUGAUAUAUGCAGAGACAAAGAAACAAUGUAGAUCAUGUCUGAUGUGGAACUACUAGUUUUGUGAGGUUGGCCUCGUGACUGGAGAUGCUUCUGCUCGGGUCUCUCUGAAAUGGAGCAAGUACGUCCUGAAGAAGCUAGGAGACAUGCAUCCUACACUGACAACUGUCUGAUACCUCAUCGUGACUGUAGCCAACUAUAAAUGUUCAACUCUACAAUCAUGUCAGAUGAGAGAAUAAUUUAUUACGCAACUCUUAAUAAUUCACCAUCUGCUGAAAUAAACACUUUAAUUGCUGAAUGUAAAGAAAAUGCAUAUUUAUGUAAAGAAAAGCUUCCUAUAAAUAAACUCCUUUACAAUUCA